AUGAAUUAUUUGAAGAAAAAAUUGAAACUCAAUCAUAAAGCAAAAGCCGAUGACGACGACGAUUAUGAUAGUUAUAUACCGGUUGUACCGCCACAUCCAUCGACAUUAAGUGCUAACAGUGCCCACAAUACACAUAUUAAUAGUUCUGAUAUACAACAACCUAAUGGUGAUCCCACACAAACAUUACCAGUGACCGGACAGACACAACAAACUGAAGUUAAUGCUGAAGAGUUAUUAAAAGAGUUAAAGGAAAAGGAGUUUAUUAGGCGUCAGGAAGAGAAACAACAGAUUUUGAUUCAAGAAAAGGAAAAACAGAAUCGAGAGGACUGGCAGUUCUUCUUAAGUUUGACCGCUAAGGUUGAGGACAUCACUAAUAAAACUCAAAGCACUUUAGAGAAACUUAAAGAUACCUCAGCUGUCGAUGAAAUAUCCAAUCAAAUAGAUGACGGACUCGAGUAUGUGCCACAACCUGAUGUCGUUGUCGUGAAGAGUGCCGGACAAUGGGUCGCAUUCAGUGAAGACGGACAGCAACCUAGUAAUCAACAAACUGAUCCAGACAUAAAUUCUGAUAAACAAAAGCCAACAAAAACUCCGCAACAGAUUACAGAAGAGUCACUAAAAAAAGUAGCCAAAGAAGUGAAACCAGAGACCAUUAAUUUAGAGACAUCUAAUUUAUUGGACGAUUUUGGUUUCAAUAAAGAACCCGAAGUAAUACCAGUCGCUUAUCAACCGGUCGUUUUUGAAGAAGAGGACUACUUAGACGAUCCCUUUGAUACAUCAUUUGUAAACGUGUCGACAGUUGCACCCAAAGCGGCUGCAGAACUCAUUUUGUCGAAAAGUAAUGUUAAAAAGUUGUUAAAAACUCCGAGUAAUCCCGAAAUCUUCGAUAUUGAUCCGUUUGACACAUCAUAUGUGGACACAGCUGUCAGUGGCCAAAGUGUUGUGAAACCAAACUCUAUAGAUAUCAGUCCCAUUGAAACCCCACAAACUUUACCCGAUUAUUCACAGCGUAUAUCUCGCUGUUCAUCACGUGAUAGCAUAAUGUCUAAUCCAUUUCUUCAGGAUUAUAAUGAUUAUUAUACCCCCUAUGCCUCGGGUGCCCACUCACCCCAUUCAGGGACGGCAACUCCGAAGCGUAGAAACUCAACGAAUCCAUUUGAAGAAUCACCUGAAGAAGAGGUGAAAAAUGUGGUCAGUAGUGGCCAAUCACCGGUUGCUUCGGCCAUCGCUGACAUGACAGCAGACUUUUGUAACGCUAUAAGUGCUAAUUCAUAUGAAAUAUCGGAAGCAGUGGUGUCUAAGACAAUAGCCACAGCCAAACAAAUGGUCGACACAACAGUGUCUCAACCAUUUGAUCCAUUUGCCACCAUUCAUGACGAUGAGACACCUAAACGCCAAUCGGUGACCGACGACAUAACCUGUGCUAACAAAGUCAUAUCACCACAAGAAGAUCCCUUCACUACUCAUGUCAUUCAUACGCCUGAGUCACCGAUAGCGCCGAUAGAUCAGUCAUUUUUGAAAGCUAUUAAUGACCAAAAUAGCUAUUAUUUAUCUGAUUUGUCGGAUAAUGAAGAAAGUGCCGACAAAAAUAUUAACAAUUUUACCAAUAAUACCAAUAAUACCGGCGAUGAUAUAAACAAUUCUACUCGAAGAAGAAGUAGUGCCUUUCAGAUGGAAUUAUUAUCAGGUGAUAAAGAUCUACCGGCGCCUACCUUUGAACCCAUACCAACAACUAAUAUACUAAAGAGAAAAACAUCGCUUCCAAUACAAGAACCUCCAGAGGAAUUGAUAGAUAUCGCCAAUACAUAUGACUCUUCAAAUACAAUACCACAAAAUCAAUACUUUGAUCCUUUUCAGACUGUUUUUGAUAAGGAUCCCGAAGAAGAUGUUAGCGAUGCCUUGUUUAGUACACAACCUAUUGAUUCACAACAAUCACAGAUAUCAAUGACUGAGAGCUUAGAAACGAAUAUCAGAGGAAGGCUAUCAACACAGGACUCAAUCCAAGAUUCGGGUUAUCCUAAUAAAGAUGCUGUCGGUAUAGUCAACGAUGCUUUUGAUGAAGUUUUGGUUCAAGAUUUUGAUGAAGUUUUGGUUCAAGAUUUUGAUGAAGUUUUGGUUCAAGAUUUAGAACAGGAAACAGGUAUUAUUGAACCGGCAGUGGACAGGGAUAUUAGUGUUGUGCACAUUAGUGGUGACGACUAUUACGGUGGUAUUGAGGCAGACAAUAGUGCAUUAGACUCACAAACCAGUGAUACGACAAAUGCGUUGCUUUCGGAUAACAUAACCGCCGACGCGACCACAAAUGCACAGACAUUUGGUGCCACAACUGAUUCAGGAGUGGCCGUCGUUUCAAUUCAAGACGACAUCACAGACUGUGGCAAAGAUCCAUUUGAUACGUCCGACUUUGAUUCGGCCGCUUUUGACGCUUUCGCUAACAAGUUUGAAUCCUCGGGAACCGCUGAUAAUUCUGUUUCAUCCUAUGAUCCAUUUGCGUCUCCACUCAAGAGUAUUAGCUCUAAGCAGAAAACGGAUGAAUCAGAUACCGAUGCUUUUGAUAUAUUUGAUCCGUUUUCGAGGUCAUCAAUGAAGGCACCAAAAAAUACUCCGGCAAAGGGUUAUCGGGACGCGUCUAAAGACUCAUUUGAUGACGAAGACAGCGAUAACUUGAAGAUUGUUAUCAGAGCUAAAGUAAAGGAAAACAUAAGCGACCAAAAAGAUAUCAAAUUAGCUCCGCCACCACUUUUACCUCCACCACCAAAAUCACCAAAAUUCUCGACAUUGGAGGGAAUGGAUUUGAUGCCCGAAGAGAAUGAAGUGGUUGUCGAUGAAUUCGAGGCAUUCUUCGGUGGCGGACAACUAUCAGAAGCGGCUCAAGCAGUGCGACCAAUAGGUGGCGAUCAAGACUGGCCGACAGUCUUUGGUGAAGCGGCAUCAAAGAGAGCCGACUCUACUGAAUCACCGCAAACACCACUCUUCGAUGACGACACUUCCGUCCCAUUGGAGGAGUUUCCCGCUAAAUAUGAGGGCGAGGGCUGGGAAAUGGUGUUGAGAUACCCAAACAAAAAGAAAUUAACGGCUAAUAGAUGUUGGAAGAAAAUAUAUGUAAAAUUUUUGACUGAUAGCUGUAUAUUUCAAUUGUUUAACAAAGUGGGAGACAAUAACCCAUUUCAGGAAACACCACUUCAGGCUUCCUAUUCAUUAUCUGAUAUAUCCACUCAACAGUAUGAUCAAUACGGAAAGAUAUUUACUAUAAAAUUGCAAUACAUAUUUUAUCGAGAACGGGUAGGUGUCCGACCGGGACAGAUAGCAAAAGUAAUGCAGGGACAAAUCACAUCAAUGGGACAGUUUGCCAAAUUGGGAAUGCCAUUAGAGCACUCACCUCAAGUCAGCGAACUAUUUAAAUUGGGUUCACAUAAUUACAACGACUUACAGCAAAUGCAACAAGUGGUUGAAGAGGCACUCUUUAGGAUGACUAUACAUCGCGAUCGGGCCCUCACCUACAAGACUGAGGAGAUCCAGUGUGCAGUUCAGGAUGAGCUCUAUGUCGAGCAAAACAAAAUGGGAAUCAUUACCAAACAGUUGGCCAGAGUUCGCAUAUUUUUCCUCGCAUUUGUUAAUGGAAUGCCUGUAAUUGAAGUCGGAAUUAAUGAUCUUAAAAGACAGGGCAAAGAAGUGGUGGGCAGACAUGACAUUAUUCCAGUAGUCACUGAGGAAUGGAUCCGAUUGGAGGCCAUGGAGUUCCACUGUUGUGUACAACCUGAAGACUUUGAUUUAACUCGUAUUAUAAAACUGAUUCCUCCCGACGCGUGUCACUUUGAAUUAAUGCGAUUCCGGAUUAGACCACCACGUAAUCGGGAACUACCACUUCAAGUAACAGCUAAUAUGAAUAUUACAAAAUCAAAAGUGGAGAUCAAGUGUGAUGUAUUAGUUCCCGGAUGUAUAUCGAGAAAACACGGACAGAUACCAUGUGAAGACAUACAGAUCAGAUUCCAUAUCCCCGAGUGUUGGAUAUAUUUCUUUAGAGUAGAGAAACAUUUUAGAUACGGUGCUCUUAAAUCUGUUAAUAGAAGGGCCGGUAAAGUUAAGGGUAUUGAGAGGUUAUUGGGUACAACACAGAACCCGGACCCACAAAUGAUUGAAGUGACGGCAGGUCAGGCCAAAUAUGAACACGCAUUCCAUUCUAUUGUAUGGAGAAUACCCAGACUUCCUAAAGAAGGACAGGGUGCUUACACUCAACAGUUCCUUGUAGUUACCCUUCCAUUGACAUCCUUUGAUCAGAUGCCUGAGUCCUUCUAUGAAUACGUUCACAUUGAGUUUCAUAUGCCAUCGACCACUGUUUCGCACACAACUCUGCGCUCAAUAUCGGUGUCCAAUGAGAACCCACCGGAAAAAUUUGUGCGGUAUUUGGCUAAAUAUGAGUAUAAAAUUGAUCUCAACGUUACAUAUGACGAGGAAAAGGAGCCCAUGACAUACACAGCCAACGUUCACGGCGGCAGUGCUCCCGUCACCGGUAGAAAACUGUCCAUCGAUUCGGAAAAUAACGAGAACAGUGCCGACAACAAGUUGGACAGGAAUGAAGAAAUCGGUGCCGAGGAUAGUGAUGAUAGCGAUUGAAUUCAUUAAAUAUAUUUA